AAUCUCCCAUCAACACCAGAAAAGCAAACAAGAAAAACAAGAAACGAUGAUGAAACAGAUCAUACCCAACAAGAAGAACAAACACUCCAUCCCAAAAGAACUUCCAACCCAAAUCAUCCUUGAAAUCCUCUCAAGACUCCCCAUCAAAAUCCUCUUCCUUUGCCAACUCGUUUCCAAACACUGGCUUUCUCUCAUCCCAGACCCCCACUUCGCCAAACUCCACCUCUCAAGAUCACAAGUCAACCUCUUGAUCAAACCCAAGUACCGAUCGAGUCUACUCCGCUUGGUCGACCUUCAAAUCCUCCAUAAAAUCCAUCCCCGCGAAGCCCAGUUGAAAUUCAUCCCCAAAAUCAACUUCCCACCUCUGGGAAUAAAAGUAGUCAACUCCUGCAAUGGUUUGCUUUGCUUGUGUAAUGUACCUGAAAUUUUCAUAUGCAAUCCAAUUCUGUGUGAGUACACUUGCUUACCAUUCCCAAUAUAUGAUGGAGAAUAUGAUCGUUACAUCACUGCUUUUGGGUUUAGUCCCAAGACUAACCAAUACAAGGUUAUACGGUUUUUUAUCCAACGGUUUGUCGAGUUUUUCGACCCCACCAUUAAAAACUUUGUCGCGUCCUUUUUCAACCCCUUAACUGAAGAGCUGGACGACUCUUUUGACCCCAUUACUGAGUUAAGGACUUCUCGCGAGGAGGCGAAAGCUAUAAUUUACACAAUUGGUGAAGGAUCGUGGAGAAACAUGGGAAGUGUUCCUUACUUUUUGACAAAUCACUCAUUCAAUUCUUUUGUGAAUGGAGCUCUUCAUUGGCUUAAUUUUGCACGUGAUAGUCCCGACUUCAUUUGUUGUUUUGAUUUUGGGAGCGAGCAAUUUCGGGUUGUCCCUGAACCUCCUGAGUUUGGUCUGCGUAGGAAGGAAUUUCCGGAUCAUAUACGAGUGGGUGUGCUGCGUGAUAGUCUUUCUAUUUGUGACUUUUCUAACCCUUUUUGUAUCGAUAUAUGGUUAAUGAAAGAUUACGGGAUUAAGGAGUCUUGGAGCAAAGAGUUGGUUAUUGAAAAUGGGAUUGGUAAGAGAGGGAAUUUGGACCGUCAUGAGCCAAUUAUGAUUCUGAAGAGUGGUGAAAUCUUGAUGCUUGUUAACAAGGAUUCUCUUGUGAUGUAUAAGCCUAAGUUAGGAAAAUUUAAGAAGCUAAAUACUUAUGGGAUCAAAUCAGAAUUUUAUGGGAUUGCUCAUACUCCGAGCUUAGUUUCCCUCCGGGAUGUGGCCAAAGGGGAAAGAGGUUCUUUUGUCUAUUAAGUAGCCAA